AUGGAAAAUCCCAGUGGCACCAAGGCUGGGAAGCUGUCGUCAUCAGGGCUGCCAAGGGGCCGGACCUCUAAGCAUGGACAUCCUCAGGAGCCUGUCAGAACUGUGCCUUGCCCUGAAAACAACAUCAAACACACAUCUGUUUGUGGUGAGGCAGCAGAGGGGAAGCGGAAAGGUCGUCCUAAAGCAGAAGAAGACCGGGAACUGAGGAGCAUCCCUGCCCACUUGAUUGUACAGUGGAAGGAAGAGUUUAAGCGUCGCUCUAGAGUCAAAUGUCCAUGUUCGGGCUGCUGGUUGGACUUUCCCAGCAUCUAUGGUGUAAAAUACCACUAUCAACGCUGCCAGGGGACCAUCGAAGCUGAGAAGCAGAGUCAUGGUUGUCCCUAUUGUGAGGCAGUGUUUGCAACAAUGGUACGUUUACAGAAGCAUAUGCUUUGGAACCACCCAGAUAGGGUUAGUUUGGAGUCAAAGGAUGAGCAGCUUAAGCUUCAGAAGAACCCCGUCAAGUCCAGCACUGUAAAAAGACCGCUGGAGAAUAGGCCUCCAUCCCCAGUGUUCUUCAAAGUGAAAAAGACCCAAGAAGUGUCUGCCCCGUCUCACAAUGGAGAGCUGACCCAUCACAGGAGUGAGAGGAAACAGCACAACCAGCAAUCACUGCAGAGUCACCAGUCCCAGUCAGCCCAGCUUCAAAUUGAGCAGUCUCAGUCCCAAAGCACGUCCUCUGAUGCAGGGGGGAGUGAAAGUGAAUGUGGCAGCCUACCGCCAUCUUAUCCUGAUGAAGACCCAGAACGAAUGAAACACAAGCAAGGACGGAAGCAGAAAACACCUAAGAAGUUCACUGGAGAGCAGCCUUCAAUCUCUGGAACGUUUGGAUUGAAAGGUAUGACUAAAGUGGAGGAGAAGCUGAAAGCAAGCCGCAUAAAGAGACCUGAUGGUAGUGGAUUUAGCGAGGAGCCUCAUAGGCGAUCAACAUCAAAUCAGUCCUUCACUAAACACACAGCAACCACUAGUUCAGGUACUGUUCCUGACAUUCAAUGGCAGAAAGCAAUUUCAGAGCGAGGCGAAGUGGUGUGCCCCACUUGUUCCAUCGUCACCAGGAAAACAAUACACGGCUUGAAGAAACACAUGGAAAUCUGCCAGAAGCUUCAAGAAGCCCUGAAGUGCCAGCAGUGCCAGAAACAGUUCAGAUCCAAAGCAGGACUUAACUACCACAACAUGGCAGAACACAACUCCAAGUCAUCUUGGAAUGAAGGCCAGAUGGACGACGAGCAUGAGGAAAGAGAAAGACUACGCCGAAUACUCAAACAGAUGGGUAGAAUCAAAUGUCCCAGUGAGGGCUGUUCAGCUCACUUCUCCAGUCUAAUGGGCUACCAGUACCACCAGAAGCGUUGUGGACGUGAGUUCUCUGAUGCUGAGAAAGCCAUGUUUUUGUGCCAGCACUGCGGGAAAACAUAUCGCUCCAAAGCUGGCCGAGACUACCAUGUACGCACUGAGCACUCCCCAACCACCACCUCUACCACGACAGCCCCCAGCAUCAACAAAAACAAUAGGACUGACACCAACAACAACACUGGCAAAGAGAGGAUCACCUGCGAGAAGUUUUUAGUUGGGAAGCGAGAGCAAAGUCAGCCCGAGUGGCAUGUAAAUACACAAGUGGCCCAGGAGAAGGACAAGGUUAAAAACAAGGACAGCCAAGAGAAGAACAAGGUGAAGGAAAAGGCAGCGCAGAAGGAAAGCCCUCAAGAGGAUUUUGAACGAACACCUAGUGGUAGAGUGAGGCGCCGGUCAGCUCAGGUGGCAGUGUUCCAUCUACAGGAGAUUGCAGAGGAUGAGCUUGCCAAGGACUGGGGCACCAAACGUCGCAUCAAAGAUGACCUGGUGCCUGACAGUAAGAGGUUGAACUACACUCGCCCAGGCCUUCCCAACUUCAGCCGGGAGCUUUUAGAGACCUGGAAGACUCAAGUCAAAGAAAACGGCUUCAUCUGCUGCACCAAUGAGAAUUGUGAUGCCGUCUAUUCCAGUGUGUCUGGACUAAAAGCACACUUUGCCACCUGUAGUCAGGGAGGUGGAGAACUGGCAAAGUAUACGUGUUUGAUCUGCCAGAAGGAAUUCAAUUCAGAGAGUGGUGUCAAGUACCACAUAAGCAAGACACACUCACAGAAUUGGUUCCGUGCAUCAGCCGGUGAAGGGAUUUCCAGCAGCAAGACUAGAGGACUCGAUGAUGAUAGCAUUCAAGAAGAGGUGAGGAAUGGUGCCACCACAGGUAAAAAGAGGGGUCGCAAGCCCAAAGAACGUCCCCAGGUGGUUGCUCCUUUCCAAACACAAACUGAAGCAACUACCACCAAUCAAAACUCAGUGGUGGAUCCAACCCUGUUCUCUGACUCAGCACAGUCCCGUUCGCAAAGCCCUGAUUUUACAGACAUAACUAAUCCAGAGUUAAACCAACAGCCCAACGGCACUACUGCGCAACAAGGCAAACCGAAGAGGCUAUCAUCUUUGUCCGAGUAG